AUGCUGCCGGCGCAGCAGCUGGCCCCCAUCAGCCCCUGGCCCCCCGACACCAACCUGCUGGACCGCAUGGACGACCUGGCGCACAAAGGUCACAGCGGUGUUAACCAGCUCGGCGGCGUGUUUGUAGGAGGGCGCCCCCUGCCGGACUCCACGCGGCAGAAGAUUGUGGAGCUGGCGCACUCGGGCGCGCGGCCCUGCGACAUCAGCCGCAUCCUGCAGGUCUCCAACGGCUGCGUCUCCAAGAUCCUGGGCAGGUAUUACGAGACGGGGUCAAUCCGGCCCCGAGCCAUCGGCGGCUCCAAGCCCCGAGUGGCGACCGCCGAGGUGGUCAGCAAGAUCGCGCAAUACAAGCGCGAGUGCCCGUCUAUCUUCGCCUGGGAAAUCCGGGAUCGCUUGCUUAGCGAGGGCGUCUGCACAUCGGAUAAUAUCCCGAGCGUAUCUUCCAUCAACCGAGUGCUGCGGAACCUGGCUGCGCAGAAGGAGAAGUCGAGCAGCCAGCCGCCCCCCGCCGACUGCUCCGCCCCGGUCUAUGAGAGGCUGCGGCUGCUGGGCACACCAGGGUCAGCUCCGACGUGGCCGCGGGCGCCCUGGCCGGCGCAGCUAGACACCCGCACGCCGCCCUACCAGCUACACAGCCUGAGCCCUGGCCCGCAGACCAUCCCCUGCAACGGAGAUAUCACCAUGAAGAAAGGCGAAGAAACCCUAGAAGGUUUGGAAGGGCUGCACUCCGACGAGACCGGCUCCGGGGACAACUCCAACGCUGGCUCCAGCGGGGCUGACGACGACGCUGCGCGGCUUCGGCUCAAACGCAAGCUGCAGAGAAACCGCACCAGCUUUACUAACGAGCAGAUAGACAGCUUGGAGCGAGAGUUUGAGCGCACCCACUACCCUGACGUGUUCGCCCGGGAGCGACUGGCUGCGAAAAUAGGUCUGCCUGAAGCUAGGAUACAGGUGUGGUUCUCGAAUCGGCGCGCGAAGUGGCGGCGGGAGGAGAAGAUCCGGUCGCAGCGGCGCAGCCCCGAGUGCGCGUACGCGCCGCCGCCGCCCGCCGCGCCCGCGCACGCGCCGCUGCAGCACGCCGCGCACCAGCCGUACCAGCCGCCGCUCAACGUCGAUACUUACAGCCCCCUGACUCCAAUGGGCUACGGCGGCGGCAUGGUCUCCGAAGCGCCAGUCUGCGAGAGCGCCGACCCUGAGCUGUGCAAGAGCGGGUUCCUGGGCUACCCGCGCUACGAGCUGGGCUACCGGCAACCCCCGCAUCCGUACGUCAACCACCACGGCUAUCAGCACGAGCCAUCGUCUCCGCCACCAGAAUUAGGCGGUCUUCUAUCAGCGGGGGUGUCAGUCCCGCUGGCCGUGCCCGGACAGGACUCCCAGCAGUACUGGUCGCGGCUGCAGUGACCCUGGUGGCAUUAGCUUCUUCACAAACACAUUCCUCAAACUGAUGCGUUCAACUCUCUUUCCAAUAAAAAUAUGUUAAUAAUAACGACUCAUCUCAAUUCCAAUAGACAAAAAUUUCCUGCGUUAUGUCUUAAAGUUCAAACAAAAUUCACAAUGCCUUUUUUAGGCUGCUGUGAAUUGGGUGGCACUAC